AUGCCUGAGAGAGAUGUGGUUAGUUGGAACUCGAUGAUUUCGGGGUAUGUUUCGUGUGGAUUGGUUGGUAAUGCAAUGUGGAUGUUUUCGGAAAUGCAAAGCUCGGGUGUGAGGCCGAGUGAGUUCACGUUUUCGAUUGUGAUGUCAGUUGUGUCGUCUGGUUGUCAUGGGAAGGAAAUUCAUGGUGGUAUGAUCAGGAAGGGUGUGAAUUUGUCGAAUGUGGUAGUUGGGAAUUCGUUGAUCCACAUGUAUGGAAAGAUUGGUUCGGUGGAUUAUGCUUUUGGGGUGUUUAUGUGUAUGGAGGAGUUGGAUGUCAUUUCUUGGAACAGUUUGAUUUGGGGCUGUCAUAGAGCUGGGUAUGAGGAAUUGGCUAUAGAUCAGUUUGUUCUUAUGAGAGGCACCGAGCAUUCCCCUGAUGAGUUUACGAUAUCAACUGUGAUCAAUGUUUGUUGUAACUUGCUUGAUUUGGCAAGGGGUAAGCAAAUUAUUGCUUUUAGCUUGAAGGUGGGAUUCUUUUCUAAUAGCAUUGUAUCGAGUGCCGCUAUUGACAUGUUUUCCAAAUGCAACAGAUUGGAGGACGCGGUCCUGCUCUUUCAAGAACUAAGCUGGUCAGAUUCAGCUGUUUGCAAUUCCAUGAUUUCGAGCUAUGCAAGGCAUGGUUGUGUGGAUAAUGCUGUGCUGCUUUUUGUGCUGACCCUUAGAAAGAAUCUGAGGCCAACGGAGUUCACUCUUAGCAGUGUACUGAGCUGUACGUCCACAUUUCUUCCAGUUGAGCAGGGUUUCCAAAUCCAUUCUUGGGUUAUUAAGUUAGGCUUUGAGUCAGACGCUAUUGUCGCUAGUUCACUUGUUGAUUUUUACACUAAACUUGGAUUGAUAAAUCAUGCCAUGAAGAUCUUUUCAAGUAUGGCGGUGAAAGAUUUGAUAUCUUGGAACACUAUGAUUAUGGGUUUAGCUCAAAAUGGUAAACUGUUUGAGACCCUGGACACAUUUAAGGAAUUAGUUAGUGAAGGUAUGCCAGCAGAUGAUGUAACAUUAGCUGGAGUUUUAUUAGCUUGCAACUUUGGCAGCUUUGUGGAUGAGGGUAUGUCAUUAUUUAUAUCCAUGGAAAAGGAAUAUGGGAUCAAACCUGCAGAAGAGCAUUAUAUGUGCAUAGUAGACUUGUUGACUCGUGCAGGUAAACUCGAAGCAGCAAUGGAUAUAGUAGAAGCAAUGCCCUAUGAACCUAGUUCUAUGAUAUGGGAAUCAAUUCUUCGUGCUUGUGCGCUUCAGAAAGACAUCAAAAUUACUGAAAGAGUUGCACAACUGAUGAUGAAGUCAGAACCACAGUCAUCUCUACCUUAUCUGGUGCUAGCUCGAGCAUAUGAAAUGAGAGGAAGAUGGGAAAGCAUGAUUCGAGUUACGAAUGAAAUGAAAGAGAAAGGUGUGAAGAAUGUGGUCGGAUGUAGUUGGAUUGAGAUACAGAAACAUGUAUAUACUUUUAAGGCAGACCAAUUACAGCCUCAUGGAGGCCAAGACAUAUAUAUGAUAUUGAGAUUACUGUUUUGGGAUAUGGAAGCUGAUAGUUACAUUGACAUUCUAAGAAAGUGA